AUGUCUUUUCAACAUAAUGGACUUAUCACAACUUAUGCUUUGUACAGUGCUUACCUUCAAGCCUCAAAGCCAGAAUUGCGAGAGACGGCCACUGUUCCACUUUGGGAGGAUAUUCUCAACAAUGAAUUUAAGCAAUAUGAUAAUAUUGUUGUGAAUUCCCAACAACCAUUGGAUGAUUCAACCAGAUCUGCAGAUGUGGUAGUUAGAUCUUAUGAUCAGGAAUUCAAGCCUAUUUCGUUCCUGAUAAUGGAAUGUAAACGCUAUAGUAGGACACAUCGAGACAUUGAUGAAAUGGAAUUGCAGCUUGAACUAUAUGUUCAAAACUAUUUCUCGGAGUUUGGUAAAUCAGAGGGGCGAACCGGUGUCUUUGGCGCAGUUGCGUUUGGAACCAAGAUUCGAGCUUGGCGUUUCACUUGCGAAACUCCUACAUCAUUCGUUGCGAUUCCUUUGAUGGACGGCAAGACAGGGAUAGCGGAUCUUGAAUCCUACAGAGACCCUUACAUUCCUGCAGAAGCUAAUCAGAUCCGAGAGUUCCUGAAGAUGGUGAGAACAUCUAAGCUUACUUCAACUUCACAGAUAUCAUACACCACCGAAUCAUCCUCAUCGACUACAAAUACAAACAUACUUCAUUCAACCGCUAUUAUAUCUACUAAUACAUUUUCACACUCGCAAGAGAUCAUCGGACCAACACAGGAUCAUUAUUAUGUCUUUGAGCAAAAUUAUUAUUGGUAUUCUCAAGGAAAAAUCACCGAUAUACAAGACCGCCUAACGAAUGAGUGGGUUUAUAAUUACUAUGGUUGGGCUGGUGAAGAGGCAAAUGGUUGUAAAUGGCGAAUGGUGUAUGCAAAUAAACAAGUCAUAUAUGCUUGA